UCCACGCUAACUGCUGCUAGCUUGACCUCCAGUGAGUGCUCAGCAGCGGAGAGGAAAGUAGCUCAAACAUCAGAAACGCCAAAAAACGACCACCGCAGAGUGAAAGAUAAAUACUGGUGUCAUGUUCUCCCACAGGUGGAGGUUUGGUUGGGACAGGGUCAGUGAGGUGGACCUCUUCGCAGACCGCCAUGAGACCAGUGCAGAGACUCUGUCCCAGGCCAUCAGAGCUGCAAUGUCUGAGGAGCCGGACUCAGAUGGCAGUGUGCUGUUUGGUCAGCUACAGGGAACUGUGGUCGGCCUCAGAUAUUACACAGGGGUGGUGAAUCAAGGGGAAAUGGUUGGUUUAGUGCGGCAGCCCCAGAAUCCAUAUGACCGCAACGCAGUGAUGGUCGCCAACAUCUAUGGCAACCAGGUAGGACACAUCAAACGGGAGCUGGCAGCAGCUAUGGCCUACGUCAUGGACAACAAUUUGGCUAAAGUAGACGGGGUGGUGCACUGGGGCACGAAAAACAAAUUUACUAUGCCAGUGAUGCUGUCUUUCUGGGGGAGAGAAGAGAACAAAAAUGCUGUGAUUGAAUGUAUGGCACGUCGCGGUUAUAAACUAAACACAGCUGGAAGCAUAUCAACAGGUGCAAAUCAAACAUAUAAUAGCCCAGGGGCUCGUGCAUGGCAAUCUAAAAAAGGUCUGACCAUCCCACUCACUGCAGAGGAGCUGAAAAAUGCAUUUGAUAAUCUGUUUGAAGGCUUGAUGGAGAGUAAAGAUGGAGAGAAAGAAGCAGCUGAGUCUGUGGGUACUCCUCUUCUGCUUCACCAGAAGCAGGCUCUGUCCUGGAUGUGCGCGCGAGAAAACCAGUCUGCACUGCCACCGUUCUGGGAGAAGAGAGGCGAGUUGUACUACAACACCCUCACAUGUUUCUCCACCAAAGACAUACCAGAGAGGGUUCGUGGGGGAAUACUGGCAGAUGACAUGGGACUGGGAAAAACUCUGACAACCAUUGCUCUGAUCCUCACCAACUUUCACAACAGAAAGCCACUGCCUGUGGAGAAAUGUGAGAAGGGAUCGUCACCUAUCAAAGCCAAAAUUAAACCACAGAUGGCGUCCAAACUAGAAGGAAGCAGCAAUGCAGGUGAUGGAGCAGGUGCUUCUCUAUGUUCAGACAUCCCCCAGGCAGAGGAGAUCUGUGCAAAUAAACCAGACAGAGUGGAGAAAAUAAGUGAAUCAGAGAAAGGUUCAAGCAAAGGAAAGAUGAAAGCCACCAAGCGAAAGCCCAGUAAAGCAGCACCGGUAUUGCUGGAGGAUCUUGACUUUGCUGCAGCGUUGAGUGGCUCAGCAUCAGAUACAGCCCCGAAGAAGAAGAAAACUGACAAGAAGACCACAGCGACUCUGAAUGUGGAAUCCUCCAUCCCUGACACUGUAGAUGACCCAUCAGCUAGAACAACUCUCAUUAUCUGCCCGCUCUCUGUGCUCAGCAACUGGCUGGACCAGUUUGAGCAGCAUGUGUGUGCCAACGUGAAGCUAAAUGUGUAUCUGUAUUAUGGCUCAGAGCGCAACAGGAGCAAGAAGUUUUUGUCCUCCCAGGAUGUGGUGAUCACCACCUACAACGUUCUGUCUGCAGACUUUGGGAAUAAGAGUCCCCUCCAUGGCAUCAAUUGGCUGAGGGUCGUGCUGGACGAAGGACACAUCAUAAGAAACCCAAACGCACAGAUGAGUAAGGCCGUGCUCGGACUGAAAGCUCAGCGGCGCUGGAUUCUUUCAGGUACUCCUAUCCAGAACAGUGUGAAAGACCUGUGGAUGCUGCUGGCCUUCUUGCGUCUGAAGCCAUUUGACGUGAGAGAGUGGUGGUACAGAGUGAUCCAGAGACCUGUUAUUCAAGGAGACAGGGCCGGCCUGCAGAACCUUCAGACCCUGGUGAAGUGCAUCACCCUGCGGCGGACUAAGAGCAGUGAGGUGAAUGGGCGCCCUCUGGUGUCUCUGCCUGAGAAGACCGUAUGUGUGGAGCAGGUGGAGCUGAGCCAGGCGGAGAGAGAGGAGUACGAGUUGGCACGCAAUGAAGGAAGAAACACCAUCAGGAGAUAUGUAGCAGAAGGGACAGUGCUGAGGAAUUAUGCUGAUGUGUUGGCCAUUCUGAUGAGGCUUCGACAGCACUGCUGCCAUCCUGAUCUGCUGGCAAAGAUAUCCUCAGAUUUAGGUGCUACAGCAACACCUGCAGAGCUGCGGGAGCGUCUGAUUGAGAAGCUGCGGUUGGUGUUGGCCAGCGGCUCCGACGAGGAGUGCUCUGUGUGUCUGGACUCGGUCCGUCUCCCUGUCAUCACACACUGCGCCCACGUUUACUGCCGGCCUUGCAUCGCCCAGGUCAUCAGUACUGAGCAAAACGUGGCACGCUGUCCUCUCUGUCGAAGUGAGAUCAAGACCAGUGAGCUGGUGGAGUUUCCACAGGAGGAAAUGGAAGAAGAGAAUGGCACAAGUUCUGAGAAGUGGAGGACAAGUUCAAAGGUGCAGGCGCUGAUGGGAAACCUGCUCAGGCUGCGAUGUGAAGACAGCAGCAUCAAGUUUUUAGUCGUCUCUCAAUUUACACGUUUCCUCACCAUACUGGAGGCUCCACUCAGAGAGCAUGGUUUCAGUUUUGUGCGUUUGGACGGAACCAUGAGCCAAAAGAGGAGGACCCAGGUGAUCCAGGAGUUUCAGAGCUCUACAGCAGACAGCCCUGCCAUCAUGCUUCUGUCACUCAAGGCCGGAGGGGUGGGGCUCAACUUGACCGCUGCCUCUCAUGUUUUCCUCAUGGACCCUGCCUGGAACCCGGCAACUGAGGAGCAGUGUAUUGACCGCUGCCAUCGUUUGGGCCAGACGAGGAAAGUUGUUGUUACAAAGUUCAUAGUGAAGAAUUCAGUUGAGGAGAACAUGGUGAAGAUCCAGAGGCAGAAGCAGGACCUGGUGGAGAAGGCAUUUGGGUCCACAAAUACUGACAGGAAGACCUCUCGCAUUGAUGACAUCAAAUCUCUGAUGGAGCUGUAGAUGUCUGAAAACGGACCUGAUGUAUUGACAAGGAAAGUGAGUUGUAUCUCGGCUGUACAAUCUGUAUACUGAGGGAUCAAACAUUUCACAUCUGAAGGGUUGCAAACAAAUUGUUUUGUUCGUGUUCAGUGUUUUCAGCUUUUAUAGAUGAUUGUUAAUUUUAUUUCUGCUUUUAUUUAUAAUUAAUAGUUUGAUACAGAUGCAGAUUUUGUUCAGCUGUCAAGCACAGAACCUGUUUAUCCUGAUUCAUGACUUGAUCAUAAAAACAUCAAAGUUGUGCUAAUGCAUGGGGGUGGGGAUUUUGUAUAAUUUUAAUACACUGGGAUAAAAAAAUAAAUACCUACCUGCUGUAGCAUAAAGAAACACAGACCACUGAUUUUACUGUGUUUAACCAGACAUAGUACAGCUUGCAGAACUUUAGUGCUUUUCUAAACGAAGCGUGAAAUUCAAGGUAAAAUGAUACCAAGCGUUGUUGGUUGUUAUUCAAAUGUUAAAUAUUUGCUGUGUGUAUGGUUUUAUGUCUUUGUAAACCGAAUAUAUUUGAGUUUUGGACUGUUGGUUUGCACAAAACAAGACAUUUAAAGGCAUGAUCUUGUGUUUUUAGAACUUACGUGUCCUUAUUUUGAUAAUAACAAAUAAUUAGAUACAGCUCUACAUCUGGUCACUGGUAUAAUGUGUAAUAAAAGUGAAACAUAUGACAGUAAGGGUGGAUAAAAGUGGGUUUUUGUACAGUUCUUUAUUAGGGAUGGAUGGUUAACAGCUGAAGACCAGGACAUAUCUGCAUUAAAUCAUAGACAUUACACUCCACCUUCUCCAUCAUCAGGAAAGUGUACAGCAGAGUAAGGAGUGUAUUUUAAUCAUUGUUAAGAGUUGUAGAUUAUAUUUUAACAGCACACAAGCUGGAGUGAAGUGAAGGAGGUAUUGGCAACAGGAAAGGAGGGGCUCAACAAAGUUAAGUUUGUUGUGCUACUAGCAGCAGUUACAGUAAAUUAGGUUUUGUAAACAGUGAAUGGCAAUAAGGCAGCUGGUUAUACUACAGACAGGAAGUGAUGAAAACCAGGUCAUGGCACAAAGAUACACUGAUGUGGGUCUGGGAGGGACACAACAUGCAGGGCCCGCUUUGCAGAUGACAGAUGACGCACUAGUGUUCAAUCCCACACAAAUACAUGACAGAACUGACUGACAACAUCACUUUAGGAUGUGGGUGGAAGAACUUCAUCACUGACCCAUGUUUUUAACUCUGUGCCAUGCAAAUACAACACAACAGGCCUAGCCCUAAUACGAAUACAAUAUCAGACGUUACAAAGCUUAAGUCACAGGGAGCUGGUGAGUGUCAGAGGCACAGAUAGGAACGUUAAUCUAUGUACUCUGGUGAGGCGAACACUGUCAGGUUAAAGUGAGAUUGUCAUAACUGGCCGAAAAGGAGAGCACAGACGGCAAGAGGGGAUCAAGCCAGUUGCUGCAUAUUCACUUAAAAGUGGUUUAGGUAGAGGCUUAUUGCAGGAAAGGAGUU